AUGCUGGGACCUGCCGCUGGGCAGCUCAUCUACCAGGUAAGGGAAGAGCUGCUGCGAGGCGCUGUGGUAGGCAAGGUAGGAGAAGAUUUGGCCUUGGAGCCUUGACGUCUGGCGUCAAGAGGAGCCCGGCUGACUUCGGGAAGUGGGAAGCAGUACUUAUCUCUGGAUCCUGGCUGCGGACUCCUAGUGGUGAAGGAACGAAUUGACCGGGAAGCCCUGUGUGAGUUCAGCACUUCUUGCUUCCUUAGCUUGGAGUUGGUGGUCAAGCAGCCUGUACAAGUUCACGAUGUAGAAAUGGAAGUGCUGGACAUCAAUGACAAUGCCCCCAGGUUCCCCUGGCAGGAGUAUCGCUUAGAGAUCAGUGAAUCUACUGUGCCGGGGUCUCGCUUUCCUAUCAAGAGCACGCAAGAUCACAACAAUUCUAACUCGGUGCAAAACUACCAGCUCACCCCCAGCGAGCACUUCGGGCUGGAUCUGCAGAACUUGAAGCCUGGCAGCAAACUCUUGGAGCUGGUACUGCUCCAACCCCUGGACCGAGAACAGAGCACUCACCAGCAGCUGAUGCUGGUUGCCUUGGAUGGAGGCAAUCCUGCCAAAUAUUCCUGUUCUGCCCCAGCUCCGGAUUCCCGAGGAUAUUGA